AUGGAUGCAUCAAAGGGUACCGGUUCUGUCGGCCAAUGGUAUACUUGGGAUGAUACUUUCCUUACUGGUAGAUUCAGAGGUUGCUUGAUAGCAGCUACUGGAUUUUUCCCACUUGCUGUGACACUAGUCGAUUCUGAGACUGUCAACAACUGGGAGUGUACACUAGCAGAAGCGCUCAAUAACUGGGUUCUGGUUCUCAAGAAGAUGCUUGCAUCUGAUCUUCUUGAUCAGAUUAGGAGGAAAAUAAUGGUAAUGAGUCGUGAAAUUGGCGCUAGUAUGAUGACUCCAUUAACCCCAAAGUCUGAGGAGAAGCUUGAGGCUCUUGAAUAUGAAGGUUUGGCUUGGGAAGUAUUGGUGGCUAGUCCUACCGUGUUUGAAGUUUUUAGCGAAAGAUGUGUAAAUUCUAGUUACACUAGACAUAUGGAUAUGUGGUGUGUAUACAGUUUCCCUUAUGAUCAUGCUCUUGCAGCCAUACGGAAGAUUAAAUGUGAGGCUGUUGAUUUCAUUUCACCUUAUUUUACGAGCAACUAUUUUAGGAAGACUUAUUUGCAUGUCAUCCAGCCAAUUCCCAACUACAACAGGCCUAUUGAAAUUAAAGAAGACAACAUCAUAAACCCGCCUAUCGUAAAGAAGCAACCAGGUAGACCCCCAGGAAAAUGGAUUCUAAGUAAAGGUGAGAAGAAGGUAAAUAGGAAAGUUCAUUGCAGCAAUUGCAAGGAAGUAGGUCACAACAGGGAAAGUUGGAAGAAUCCUCCGAAGUACACACCCCUAGCUUGA